AAAUUCCGGUCCGGUGGGAAUAAUUACUUCCCGCUAUAACCUAGUUGUACUUUCAAUUGAAAUACUCGUCGAAUGUAACCGCAACUGUCAAGAUCGGGUGCUCCGUUUAAAAGUAAUACGCAAAACAUAAUUUUUAAGGUCUAAUCAAAUUGAAAAUUUUAUUUUGUUUGUCAGUUUAGAGUCAGCUCAGCUGUAAAUAGCUAAAUUUUGUAUACCCGUAACAUGUGAAGUACUGUUUCGAAAUAUUAUGGACGCCUUUUAAGCACGAUUUGUCUAAGUACUACAGUUUAAAAAGUUUUUUUUAGCCCUUUUCCAGAUUUUUCAAAACCGACUCUAACGAUUUAAAAAAAAAUCUUAAAGUUUAUACCUCUUGAGAUUCCUCAACUUACCAGUUUCAAAGUUAAUAAUCAACAAAAAUGGCAAAAAUAUUAUAUUUCAGAGCGUCCUACACUGCCUGACCUUUUUAUGUGCGAAACUAAACUCCAUUUGAAGUUCCUAAAAAUUUAAUAUGAUGUUAAACAGUUCAAUAUUAGAAACAUUUUUGGAAAAACUAGAUAGUUUGUUUCAGCGGGGUGCCACGCCAACAAACGGCUUAAACGCUUAAAUCUAUCUGCCGCCCACAUAACAUCUACUAAAUUAGCCGGGGUUGUAUCCAGCCACUGCUGGCAGCGCAGGCUCAGUGUACGCGUGUGGCGUACCCAUAAAUAGACGGUAUAAGUCGUUGGGAACGCAGUUGACAAGGAGAAUCACAGCACAAACCAUGAUUGUUGGCUAUGCAAUUUUGAUCCUAGCUCUCUCCAUAGGGACUGUUACAUCUGCGAACUUGGUGGAGUUUGAGCCCAUCAACAGCGAACCUAUUGUGGCGCCAUUGGGCUGCCAUCGUCGGGUAUAUACGUAUAAAGUAACGCAGUCUGAUGUAUUGGGGCACGAGUGCUGGGACUAUGUGAGCGUAUGGUCGUGCUGGGGACGAUGCGACUCCAGCGAGAUCUCUGAUUGGAAGUUCCCUUAUAAACGUUCGUUCCAUCCCGUCUGCGUCCACGCAAAGCGGCAGCCAGUUAUAGCAAACCUGAAAAAUUGUCACCCAAAAGCGGACAAGAGCGUUAGCUACUAUCAGUACACAGAGGCCGUGAACUGUCACUGCCAGACGUGCUCCACGCAAGAUACUAGUUGUGAGGCACCGGUCAAUAACAUGAUGAAUAGGGGCAGCAAGGCAAUCAUGGUGGGGGCCGAUACUGGGAACUUGGACUACUAAGACAUUCUUAACUAAUUUGUGUAGAAUAAUGGGGUGGCUUCAAAUGCAAUAAAACACAUUUUAUCUAUACAA